CUCUCUCAAACCACCAUGCCCAACACACUGUAUUUGGAGGACCUCGAUGCCGAUGUCCCUUCAUCGCAACCUGAUGAAUACGAUGCACUCAUCUGGAGCAGCGACACGAACACCAGCGAUCCACGCGUUGACACGAACACCGACAGUGUGGGAGUGGGAGCCAAAGAAGAUCAGGACUCAGAUGACAAUCUGACAUUCAUCGAGCGCUGGUUCAAAAACAACCCUGUCCUCCGGGUUACCAGAGACGGCCACAAAUGCAGAGUGCCCCGGCCUCAGCCCAAGAAAUUGCAUCCGGACCCUGAGUUGGAGAGAUUUCGGGCUGUAGUCCUAGCACGCUCUCGUCAGACAAAACGUGUACGGCUUAAACAGAGGAUCCAUGUUCUGGAUAAGAAAAUGGCUGCGGCGAAGCGGGAGAGGAAAAUAUUGUGUCGUAUCUUGUCGCAAGCUCAAUAA